GAAUUAAAUGAGACUCCAGAAAGUACCGAACAGAGCAAUAAAGAACCUCUAUCACCAGCAAACCCUAAGCAGCAAGAACAAAAUGUUACAAAAAAUGAUAUGCAUAUGGCCUUAGAGGAAACUGACCCUAGCUAUCAGCAAAAUCUUCAGCUUUCAGUUUCAGCAGAAUUAGCUACAACAAAUAACAGCUCAGAUGAACAAAUGCAAGCAACAACUCAAGAAGAUCUUUUACCAGAUACAGAAAUGCUACCAAGAGAUGAACUUGCCAUUUAUGGCUAUAGAACACCACAUCCAUCUGCAAGUCACAUCUCUAAAGCAGCUUCUCCUCCUGACAAAAAUGAAGAAACAGAUGGCUUUAUCACA